AUGACCGCGCAUGCGCAGAAAGUUCUGCCCGGCAUCGACUUGCCUCGGGGCAUAAUUUUGGAGAGCUUCGCAUUUUGCCCUGCGGGCGCCCAGGGGCGUCUUUUUGACUUGCCCUGCCUCGCCCGGUCCUGUGUGUGGUGCUCCAUAAGAGCCUGUGCAAUUCCCGUCGCACAAGACGCCCUGGGGCAAAAUGCCCUGUCGCGCCCCGCCCCACCCGGAGACAAAGAUCUAUUUAAAAAUUUGGAACCACUUCUAACUUCAGCUCUGCCUCAAGAGCCAACUGAAUGGAGACGUUCCUAUGGUCGGAUAAUCAAAUCUGUACAUGUUCCUGCAACAUUUGUGCCAUUCAGCAAAGAUAUCCUGCCAAAAGAGGGAGAUUAUCGUCUUAUUCACCAGCCAAUCUUCCAUACCUAUUGGACACAAUGUCCUGAUGUUGAAACAUACAAAUCAACUGGCAAGGAGGGCAUUGAGUCUUGGAUGAAGAUACUGAAUCAAAAUAACAUUAGUGAUUGGAUGAUUGUGCUUGUGGAGACUUAUGAUUUCCGGCGAAGCAAUAAACUGAUUCCAAGAACUACUGUAUUAGACAAGAUAAGAAGCGAUUUUGGCUCAAAACAUGCAGACAGGUGUUUAUCAGUAAUCAACCCGUUAAAGUCAGAGUCGAGAUCCGCAGGGUCAUGGAGAGGGUUGCUAGUAAACUUCAGGUUACUCUUGUUGUUUGCGUACGAUAGAGCAUUGCUGCGGUUUGAAGAGAUUGUGCGAGAACAGCGGGAGAAGAGAAACCAACCUGGGUGGAGUUUUUGCCAGUAUUUUCUCUUACAGGAAGAACUUGCAUUUGUGCUGGAGAUGCUUGGAGUAUAUGAAGAAGCUCUUGUUCAAUACGAUGAGUUGGAUGCACUUUUCACUCAGUUUGUUUUAAACUCUAAUUUGGGAGACACACCGAAGUGGCUGAGUGGGUUUCAAGCAGCAAUAGACCAAUGGCCUGGCCUCAGCUUGUCAAAGACAAUAGACGUGGAAGCGAGAAAGAAGAUUCAACAGAGCGACAUCUCGUUGUUGCAGUUCCGAAGUUAUCUUUUCUCUCGGCAGUGCUCAAUACUCAUGGCUACUUGUAAACCUUGGGAGAUAGCCCAGCGAUGUUUACCGUUCCUUCACAACUGCAUCAACGAGCUACGCAUUCUCGAGGUGGAUAGUCCAGAGGGCGCCGUCGCCUCUUGGAUCUUCCUUUGUUGUCUUGAGGUGCUGGAUACUUGUGCCAGGUUCAACGACACAAGUCAAGUCGCCGCUUAUUCUCUCUUCACAGCCACACUCUGGGCCUACGCUAGGGACAAGCUGACAGAGCUGGGUCAGCUGUGUGGACUGAUGCCAGGUGUUGAGAUCACAGGAGAACACUUGCACACUGUGGUGCUGCUGUCCGCUGGCAUCGGGGACACUCCAACCAACACCGCGGCUGCAAGACUACGGCAAGCUCUCUCCUCCAAGGAAGCCUUCAAGAAGCAGUACCUGGAACUAUCAGAGCUAGCGAUCAGCACAUACAAGCUCAUUGGUCGGGCCCGUUGUGCCCAUGACAUCGGUAAAAAUCUUUCAAGUUUCUACAAAAAGUUAGGUGACUUGAACUCGGCCUCAAUGUUUCUGAGGAACUCUUUACACUGUUAUGUUGAGGACGGUUGGCAUCAACUGGCUGCUCAAACUAGGAUCGAACUGGCUUCCUGCUACCGAGAACUGAAAGACUGUAAAAGGUAUUGCAAGACAUGUGCUUCCAUUGCUUCAACGACUCAUUUAGAUUUAGAAACAAGAAUGUUUUAUUUUGAUGAAAUGAAACGGUUAUUAGAAGAUCACAAGUCAGAGCCACAAUGGACGUGCAGAUUCUCCGAGAGUUUUGCACUGUCGAGCAUCAGAGUGCAAGUCCUGGAGAUGGAGGAUGUGGUGGAGGCGACUGUGGUGUUACGAAGUAACUUACCAGGUGACAUCGCCUGUCCGUACAUUCAGAUAGCCACUGAGCCUUCCAAGAAAGAGCCCAACAUUACCAAGAAAACAGCCAAGGAAGAUACUGGGGAGAGUAAACCGGAUAAACUGGUUUCUUGGGUGGAUUUUGAAGAACUUAAGUCGACAUCGCAGAAAGCACCCUUGGUGGAGAAAUUUGAUUACAAGCAAGACAAGAGCUUAGCUCAAGCCAAUGUUGCGACACGCUUCCAGAAAUCAGCUUGUUUAAGGCGGCAAGACAGUCAACUGAGGCCUACCAAAAUAGUCACCAUAGCGAGAGCCGAUUACACUCAUUCCUUGAAAACUACAAGUGUUACCUUGAAACCUGGGAAGAAUGAAAUAGUUCUGAGAGCAAAGACUGAACAGCCAGGAAUGUUUAAACUGUGCCAGUUAUGUGUGGGCUUGCCUGGGUUGGAGUUUUUAUCAGAUUGCAUCAAGCCAAGGUUAAAAUACGAGGUAGUCGACAUGCCAAUAACCACAAGACUGAUCAAAGGAGAAAAGGAUCUCUUGGCAGGACUUCCUCAAACACUAGUCGUCAACAUACACACAGGCAGCAGACACAUACCUCAUAGCUCCGUUCUUCGUUUGCACACCACGGCAGGCUUGACACUGCAGCUGACAGAGACUGAUACGCCAAGUAGACAACUGGACAUUGCUUUACCUGCGGCACCUCCGUUCAAGACGCUAGAGUUGCCUAUCAUAGUUUUUGCUGAGUUGGCGCCGCAGCGGGACAGCUCGCCUAUAGACCAUGUGAUCACCCUGAGGUGUCCAUGGGUAGAGGAUGAGAAACCUCUCCUGCUACAGUUUCAACCUCCGUUCCUCACAGUGUCUAGGCUCCAUACUGCCUACCUACACAAGUUCAUACACGUGUCUGUGGUGGGGUUGAGUGACCGACUGUUACAACUGUCUCAACCUCAGUUGGUCGCUACUUCCACCUGCCCCGUCCAACUUGUCUCUCACAACCCCACGGAAGGCCAACGGCUGUUUGUUAGCUCUGACAAGCGAGUAGCGUUUAUGUGGGAGCUACAGCCUGACGACUCUCCGAGUACUCCUCCGAUACGCACUGAGUUUACUGUACAGUACAAACCUCUCACACCUGACAACUCCCCCCACAUCACCUACAAGUGCCCUUUUGACAUCAUUAACUACAAGACGCUGUUCAUCGUGGAAGCUCGAGUGGAACCGACUAAGGACAGUGAGUUUUGUCGCGCCAGCACCGUCUGUCACCUGCACAUCAGUGUACAGAGAGUGUGCGCCAGCAGUGAUACUAGUCUGAUGUACGAGGUGCUCGCUGACCAGACCAUGUGGGCCAUCUGCGCCAACACCGCAGGUGUUAUCAACGUAGAAGCGGGAGAGAGACAGUCUGUAACGUUGGAUGUGAUGCCCCUCAUCAACGGAUACCUCCCCCUCCCCCUGGUGCGGCUCUCCAAGUACAUCCCUGCCGAUGUCAAACUUUCCUCAGGCAGAGUGUUACACGCAGACUCGCACCCCAGGUCAGAGCCGUUCUCUCCUGGCCAAGUGUACAACUGCAGUAAGGGUAGUCAGGUCCAUGUCAUUGCCGCUGCCACCACAUAGCAGUCAGAAAAGAAAUGAGGAAACAGUUCGGGCAGGGGCAGUGGGGGUGUUGGCAAUACUGGCAGUGCUAGUGGCAAUGUUGGUAGCUCUGUUACCAGUGGAUUCGUCAGUUUCAAGUCCUGGUUCCAACUGUAGCUAACUUCAUCUUCUUCCCUCGUACCAACACAAUCCAACACCAAGCACAAACUGUCAACGCUGCCUUCCGUUUUCUCAUCACUAUAGUAAUGAAACAGUUGAUUUCAUACAGCUUUUUACACUUUUAUAUUCGUAUAAAAUUCUUGUACAAGCGACUAUUAUGAAAACCAAAGCAGACUUGAAUCUUACAACGAACUUUAAUGGUUUGAAAUUGUAUUUUAAAUAUAUGUCAUUGUAUUUCAAUAUGUAGUUUAGGAACGUUCUUACCUUUUGUAUGCUUUAACAGCGUUCAAAUUAUGUUUAAAUUAUUGAAAUUAGUAUUUACGUAAAGUUGAGUCUCUAAAAUUUAGUUGUACGGUUGAAAAUUAGGUUUGUAUUAUUUAGUCAGCCUUACUACAAUGUAAAAUAAUCCAAAAUAAAUUUACAAACCUGAAUUGUUCAAAUUAGUUAUGUAAUUUUUUUCCAAAACAAUAAAUGAUAGAGAACAGAUGCUCCAAAAUCAGCAAUUUUAUAUUUUUAGCUUUGGAAAUUAUGAAGUAACCUGCUCCAACUAAAGGUCAUCUAACUCGUUUUUUCACCUAAGCGAUAUCUAGUUUAGUUUGGGUGACAAAGGGUUAAAAAUUACUAAAUUUUCAUAAUCAUUUUUAAUCUUUAUCAUAAACUAUGAAUCACUGAGCUAUAAAGCAUACACAAGGUAAUAAAUACAAAAACUUUGUCAUAUCAUAAUCUAAACGUUUAACAGACACGCAAUAUUAGAGCAAUCUUAAUAUUAAGCACCAAUUUUUAUUAGAACCCAUUUGCUCCUGGUCUAGUUAACGGUCCCAUGAAAUGUAGUUUUUAAUUACACAUUUUAGAUUUUUGUAUGGGUUUUAGACAGCUAAGAUGCUGGAGCAAAUGAUAUGUGCAAAUUUGUGAUAAAUUGUAAAUUUGUAGCAAUAAUUCAAUGUUAACUUGUACACUUGCUUCUGUUC